AUGACGACCGACAUCGUCAUCCGUUCUUCAGAUUAUGUCGACGAGCAUGGUGUCGAAGAAUACGACGAAAAUUCAUCCGCUCGUCUUUUUGAACGUUCCAGAAUCAAAGCUCUUGCUGGUGAAUGUGCUCAACAGAAGGUGGAUGAGUUCGUCGUUGUUCACAAGAACACGGUUGUCCGAAUCGUUAUUAACAUCCUCAUGAUCGACGUCGUUAUCGUUGUCAUUAGUUGUUACGUUAUUCACUACUCCGGUCUGCAACUCGUUUUUCUCGCAUGCGACUUUAUCGUCGAUUCGGUUCGAUUCAGAUCCCUCUCUUCUUUUUUAUUGUUUCGUUUCAGAUAACC